AUGCGGAUAAGUGGCGUAUGGGCUAUGGUGAUUGGUUUGCAGUACGCCGCGAAAUAUGGUGUUAAAGGAAUUAUCCUAGUAGUGGCAAACAUCAAAUCUUCUGACACCGUUUUCGAAGUUGGUCCAGGUACUGGAAAUUUAACUGUUAGGCUUUUGGAAAAAGCAAAGAAGGUCGUUGCCUGUGAAAUUGAUUAUCGGCUUGUUGGAGAGUUGCAGAAACGGGUCCAGUCAUUAUGCCUGCAGAGCAAAUUAGAUAUAAUUACUGGCGAUGUGCUGAAGGUUGAAUGGCCUUUCUUUGAUGUGUGCGUCGCAAAUUUACCUUUUCAAAUAUCGUCGCCGUUUGUGUUUCGGCUACUUCUUCACCGUCCUCCAUUCCGAAAGGCGCUACUUAUGUUUCAACGUGAGUUCGCCCAACGACUGGUCGCUAAGCCCGGUGAUAAGCUGUACUGUCGUUUGUCUGUGAAUGCGCAGCUUUUGGCCAAAGUGGACCAUGUUAUGAAGGUGGGCAAAAAUAACUUCAGGCCGCCUCCAAAGGUAGACGCUAGCGUUGUACGUUUCGAGUUGCGAAUGCCUCCGCCGCCUAUCAAUUACCAAGUUAGUGAUUACUAUUAA